GCCAGAAUGGAGGUCCUGAAGGAGAAAGUGGAGGAGGAGGAGGCUGCGGAGCGGGAGGACGCGGCGGAGCGGGGCGAGAAGAUGGCGAAGCCACCACCGGAGAUGCGGAAGGAGGAAACCCCCAUGACGCAGGAGAUGCUCAGAGACCUGGAGAAGAAGCUGUCGGACAUCGAGAUCGCCAUCCCGGAUAUGAUCGUUACCAAGGACACCAAGGUCACUGUCGACACCUCCAUGCUGCCCGCCUCCUACCAAAGCAACACGCCCAAGGAGGAGCACCUGCUGCAGGUGGCAGACAACUUCUCCUGCCAGUAUAGCCACCUGUGCCCGGACCGCGUGCCCCUCUUCCUGUACCCGCUGAACGAGUGCGAAGUGCCCAAGUUCGUGAGCACAACCAUCCGGCCCACACUGAUGCCCUACACCGAGCUCUACAACUGGGACAGCUGCGCCCAGUUUGUUGCGGACUUCCUCUCCAUGGAGCCCCUGGCCGACCCUCUCAAGCCGCCCACGCACCUGUACUCCCCGACCACGGUGCUCAAAUACCAGAGGGGCAACUGCUUCGACUUCAGCACCCUGCUCUGCUCCAUGCUCAUCGGCGCCGGCUACGACGCCUACUGCGUCAACGGCUACGGCUCCCAGGACCUGUGCUUCAUGGACCUGACCCGGGAGGUGUGCCCGCUCACCAUGAAGUCCAAGACGAAAGUCCAGAGGAAGCAAGUGGCGCCACCUAAGAAGUAUGCUGUCAAACCCCCCAGGGACCUGACCAGCAAGUACGAGCAGGACCAGGAGAGGAAGAAGCAGGAAAAGAUCAAAGCUGAGGAGGAGAAGCGGCUGAAGGAGGAAGAGGAGCGCCUCCAGGAGGCGGAGAAUGCGAAACCGCCCCCCUGUACCGGCCUGCGGGUGCACUCGUGGGUGCUGGUGUUGUCGGGGAAGCGCGAGGUGCCCGAGAGCUUUUUCAUUGACCCUUUAACGGCACGCAGCUACAGCACCCAGGACGACCACUUCCUGGGCAUCGAGAGCCUGUGGAACCACAAGAACUACUGGGUCAACAUGCAGGACUGUUGGAACUGCUGCAAGGACUUGAUCUUUGACCUGGGAGACCCUGUGAGGUGGGAGUACCUGCUUCUGGGGACCGAUAAGCCUCACCUAUCGAUCCUGGAUGAUGAUGAUGAUAACCUGGUUGAUGAUGAUGACGUAGAAAACCUGGGCAAGGAGGAUGAGGAUAAGGGCUUCGACAUGCCGCACUCCUGGGUGGAGCCCAUCGAGAUCUCCCCUGAAGCGUUCGAGACCCGCUGCCCAAACGGGAUGAAGGUGAUCCACUACAAGAGGGCCAAGCUGGAGAAGUGGGCCCCGUACCUCAACAGCAACGGCCUCAUGUCCCGCCUCAGCACCUACGAGGACUUGGAGUGCACCAAGUUGCUGGAGAUGAAGGAGUGGUACCAGAACCGGGAGGACAUGCUGGAGCUGAGGCACAUACACAAGGACACGGGCCUGAUCAUCGACUACUUCAAGCCGGGCCAUCCCCAGGCUCUGCGUGUGCACUCCUACAGGUCCAUGCAGCCCGAGAACGACCGCGUCAUGGAGUUCUACGAAAAGGCCCGAGUGGACGGCCUGAUAAAGCGGGAGGAGACGCCCAAGUCGAUGGCCGAGCACUACCAAGGGCGGCCCGACUUCCUCGCCUACCGCCAUGUCACGUACGGGUCCAGGGUCAAGAAGGUCACGCUGAGCAGCGCAGAGUCCAACCCCCGGCCUAUGAUGAAAAUCACCGAGCGCUUCUCCCGCAACCCGGCCAAGCCCGCGGAUGAGGACGUGGAGGAGCGCGUGUUUCUGAUCUCGGAGGAGCGCAUCCAGCUGCGCUACCACUGCCGCGAGGACCACAUCACGGCCUCGCGGCGCGAGUUCCUGCGGCGCACCGAGGUGGACAGCAAGGGCAACAAGAUCAUCAUGACCCCCGAUAUGUGUCUUAGCUACGAGGUGGAGCCCAUGGAGCACACCAAGAAGCUCCUGUACCAGUACGAGGCCAUGAUGCAGCUGAAGGAGCAGGAGAAGCUGUCCAGACAUCAGGCCUGGGAGUCGGAGCUGGAGGUGCUGGAGAUCCUGAAGCUUCUAGAGGAAGAGGAGGAGGCGCACACGCUGAAAAUCUCCAUCUACGACACGAAGCGCAACGAGAAGAGCCGGGAGUACCGGGAGGCCAUGGAGCGCGUGAUGCACGAGGAGCACUUGCGGCAGGUGGAGGCCCAGCUGGACUACUUGGCCCCGUUCCUGGCACAGCUGCCGCCAGGAGAGAAGCUGACGCGCUGGCAGGCCAUUCGCCUCAAGGACGAGUGCCUCAUGGACUUCAAGCAGCGGCUCAUCGACAAGGCCAACCUUAUCCAGGCCCGUUUCGAGCAGGAGACCCAGGAGCUGCAGAAGAAACAGCAGUGGUACCAGGAGAACCAGGUGACCUUGACCACCGAGGACGAAGACUUGUACCUGAGUUACUGCUCUCAGGCCAUGUUCCGCAUCCGUAUCUUGGAACAGCGGCUCAAUCGG